AUGGCCGCUCUCAACCGUCUCUCCCAGAGGAUCAAGGAAAACUUCCAGGAGACGACUCGCGAUCUCUCCCUCCUCACCGGGACAGGCUCCUCGACCACCUACUUUGACACCUCGGAUGACAAGCUCAAGGAGAUCACCAAGCUUCUCGAGAGUAGAAGUGAUGCUGAAAGGCUCGAGGGGAUGAAGCGUAUCAUCGCAGGCAUGUCAAAGGGGAGAGACAUGGAGCCCUUCUUUGCCCAAGUCGUCAAAAAUGUCGUGUCGCAAAGCAUCGAGAUCCGCAAGCUCGUAUACAUCUACCUGCUGAGGUUCGCUUCGACAAACUCGGACCUCGUCUUGUUGUCUAUCAAUACCUUCCAGAAAGACCUGUCCGAUCCCUCGCCUCUUAUUAGGUCAAUGUCGCUCCGGGUGUUGACCUCUAUCCGAGUGCCAGUCAUUCAAGGGAUCGUCAUGCUGGGCCUCAAGAAGCUUGUCAAUGACCGCAAUCCUUGGGUGCGCAAGACUGUCGCUGGGGGUCUUUCAAAGGUCUACGAACUCGACAGCUCUACCCUUCCCCAGCUCAUCGCCCUCCUGCAAACACUGCUCUCCUCUUCUUCCCCUCUGACGCUCGGUGCUUCCCUCACGGCGUUCAUGGAGAUCUGCCCCGAAAGACUCGAUCUUCUCCACCCCUACUUCCGGCACAUUUGCAACCUUGUCGUCGAUGCAGAUGAGUGGGGACAAGCAGUCGCUCUCGAAGUGCUCGUCAGGUAUGCUAGAGCUAUGCUCGAGAAGCCCGAUGGUGCUGGUGCCGUCAAGCCUCAGCCCAAGACUGAGAAGGCGAAUGGAGAGAAACAAGAGUAUGACAGCGAAGACGAGUUUGAGGGCCUCGACGUUGAUCUUGCCAUGCUCUUACAUUGUAUCAAACCCCUCUUCAACUCGCGUAACCCUGCCGUCACACUGGCUACCGCCAAAGCAUACUGGCACCUCGCCCCAGCAGGGCACGAGCUCGUGGGGCAGCAGCUGCUUGUGAGGCCUCUACUGAGACUUGCGGGAAGCUCGGGUGGGAAUGUGGGGAGGGAGGAGAUUGCUGUGUUGAGCUGGGAGGUGUUGGCGGAGAUGACUGAAGAACGGUCUUGGCUAUUCAUCCCCUACCAGGCUUCAUUCUUCCUCCAUUCCUCUGAACCUCCCUCCAUCCAAAAAUCCAAACUCCGGGCCCUCAGCGCACUCAUCACCCCCGAAAACGCUGCCGCCUCCAUGCGUGAAUUCAAACACUACCUUAGGUUACCUGAUGACAGCGUCGCGGAAGGUGUCGUGCGCGUUAUAGGAGCAUGCUUCACGAGUCAGUCUGAGGUGGCUAGCAAAGGACUCGGGGCUUUGAUGAAACUUCUCAAAAGUGAUAGAGAAACACUGGUGGCCCAGGCAGUCACAGUCCUCAAAUCAGUGAUCCUCUCUAGCUCCCUCCCCUCCACUUGCCCCUCCCCCCAACACCUCGUAGCCCGCCUAGCCAAAGGGCUCGAGACCAUCCUCAAUCCCAAAGCCCGCGCUAGCGUCUUCUGGCUCGUCGGCCAAUUCGCCGCCCUCGAUCCCUCCCUCGAAUCUGCCAAACAAGGUCUCGGCUGGGAAGGCGUCUCCCUCUGGGUGCCGGAUGUCCUCAGGAAGGGUGUGAAAGGGUUUAAAGAAGAAGGCACAGCUGCCAAAUUGCAGAUCGUCACGUUGAUGACGAAAGUGACGGUGCUCGUUCCGGGAAAUAAGCAGUUGGAGUUGAUGGGGCAGUAUCUGUGGGGGAUGGCGAGGUAUGAUGCGGAUUGGGAUGUGAGGGAUCGGGCGAGGUUUUUGCAUACCCUCCUGAGAGGUGUUCGGGUGGAGAAGCCGGCGAACGAGGAUGGUCCGGCAGAGGAAGAAGAAGAUACAGGCGGUGUCGUCCUCCGCCGCGAACAAGUCAAGUUUGUUGUUCUGAACCAGCAACCCACAACUGGCGAUACCGAGGUAUCUACCCGUAAGGGUGGUGCGCAAGACUUUGACGUCGCUACUACCUCGCGCGUAGCGGGUAAAAAGCUGAAGGGGUAUGAAGAACUGCAAGGGUGGACUGAUGAUCCUACAGAUGGAACGCUGCGUGAUUCUGAACUGGAGAAAACGCAGUCGACUCCGACGCCUACUUCAUUCUCUUCCCAGGCGCAGAAUCAUGGCGUACCCCCAGCACCUCUGCACAUGUCUUCCUCCGGCCAGCUCCCACGGCGGGCAUUGCCUGGCACCGUCACCAGCACACCGGUCCUUGCUUCCCCAGCAUCGGGUCAAGUACCUCAGCCUGCCAAGGCCAAGUUCCAAGAUCUCGACUCGUUCUUGGAUAGUGAGACAGAGUCCGAGUCGGAAUCUGAAGACGAGAGCGCUAGUGAAAGCGGUGAAGAGGUUGUGGCUGGAAGGGAAUUGGGGGUGCAGAGUGGGAGUCUGAUGCAAGAGUAUGAGUAUGAUGAGGAGACGCAGAGUGAGGAUGGGACAGAGGGGACGGAGAGCGAGGAUGACUCUAGCGAGGAUGGAGAGAAUGACAGGUUAUACCGUGGAUGA